CGAGUAUCGAUACAUAUUUAAAAACAUGCGCUAUAUUGUACAUAUAUGAAUGCGUUCAAAAAUCCCCUAUCCGUGGAGUAAAGUAGCUUUUCAUUCACCAAUCAGGACAAAAAAUCUUUGGUUCUUUUUGCUCUGAUUGGUCAAUUAAAUGUAAAGUCUAUCUUAUAGAUUUUCGAACCAUCUCCCGAUUAAAUGUUCUCAGGGACGUUUUCUCGCGCAGUGCAGUAGUAGAGAAAUCCAGUGACGGCAUAUCUAAUGCAUAUUAUUUAUGUAUAUACAUAUUUUACAAUAUGUUUAAUGUCAGAAGGUUUUAACCUAAUUAUAACUAUUUUUUAUUAAUUUCUUAAUUAUUUAUUUAUAAUUCAUUAAAUUGUUAAUUCAUUAAUUUGUGAAACAAUGUAGAUUUUUUUUAACAUUAUUUAAAUAAAAGGCUUAACAGCACCCUUUUUCUUACAAAUUUGACACGUACCUUAAGACCACGUUUAACGCGCAUGCGCGAGGAAGCGUUCUCGAGAACAACACACAAGUAAUAUGGCGUCUCGCAUGAUUAGAACGAAACGUCAUUUUCAAGCGAUUUGAUCGAGCGUAUUUGCCUAAUUAAAGCUUUAAACAGUUUUACUUACAAGUUUCAGUGCUUAUUAUUAUUGCGCGUUUAUGUCACUGUGAUUUCUCGAUCGUUUCUGGUGAAUAUCGGACGCGUCUUUAAUUGACAAAUAACCUAAAGAGAGAUGGAAGAGACGUGUUUGGACGACGGACUUGUAGUAAAUUUUGAAAGAGCAACUCUAGAAAUCGCUAAUACCGAUUCUAUCAAAUCUGUGACAGAAAGCGCGGAUGACACGUCAAAGCGAAAUUCCGCUUCGAAAAAUGUGUGUAAUAUACCGUUUAAACAUAUAGAUGUUCAUACAUUCUUUACCGAUAGAAAUGAAGUCGUGGAAAGAGCGAUAAAUGAUUGCACUGAAAAUCUAAUAAAGGAAAACAAUGACGAGCUUGUAGGAAGCUGGCUUUUGACAGAAAUAAGUUUAUGGGAUACGGAAAAGGAAAGACUUGUAUUACUAUCGACAGAAGCUCUUUACUCUGUAAAAUAUGAUUUUAUUUCUCUAAAAAUACUCGAUUUUAAUCGAAUACCUAUAUCUUUAUUUGAUACAAUAAUUAUAGGGGAAUUAGUUUACCCAUCUGCUUCUCUUGCACCACGAUUAAGUGGUUUAGCAGAAGGUGUGUCGUCUAUAAUUCAAUGUGCAGUACGUCAAGAAUGGUCGUCUAUCACAGGUUGCUCUAAUCUUACUCAAUUUGAACCUAGAAAGCGGCUUAUGUCAGGAAUAAGACUUUUGUGGAAUAGAGGGCAACCUCUGCCUUUUAUAAAAAAGUGGAAUCCAUUUGCAAAAGAUAUACCAUGGCUCACAUAUGCCAGUCACCCAUUAUUCUGGUAUAAAGCUGGAACUGAAAUUAUCAAAACGAGAUUUGACGUAGAAGCCUUUCAUACCAUACUUAAAAGUUUAUUAUCGCAUGAAUGUAAUGUUGUUAAUAUGCCAAUCAUUGUAGAGAAUUAUUGCGGUCUCGGUGCUUUAGUGCACAAUAGAAAUGGCUUAGGUUUCUUUAAAAUACGUGGCAAAGUCAGUUUCUAAUUUCUCCAAUCUCAUUGUCUCACAAGUAUUUUAGAAUAUUUCUCUGAACUUAAUAUUUUUGCUUAUAUUUUUUAAAAUUAUUCUUUUUAUAUUAGCUUGUGAUUUCACACACUUAUACAAUAUUUGUUAAAAAAGAAAAAAGCAAUUGAUAUUGUCACAUACAUACAUAAUAUAUAUAAUCACUUUUUAUGAAUAAUUAUUUAUUAAAAAUCUUUACAGUA